UCUCUAGGAGCAGUAUGCUCGUGGUGAGUCGUCCAAGCAGCCGCCCAUCCGCCCAUCCCACCGAAGCGAGACCAAUUGCUAACCAUGGCGCACCAGACCAAGCACGCUGCUGAGCUGUGUGCUCUCCUAGUCAGCGAUCUUCACGGCGAACUUCCUUCGGUAUGCAACAUCUUCCAAAUGGCCCCUCAUCGAGGGGCUGGGUGCUCCUCCAAGCCCCGCGACUGACGUCGUCCACGCAGCGUAUCCUCAUAGCUCUACUCACCAAAGGACGAUGCAACGUGACCCAGCUCGGUCGACACACGUCGCUCGGUGCGCGACACCUGCGCAAUGGACUCGCCGUCCUAUUUCAGCAUAAUCUCCUCUAUACCCGCAUCGACAACGAGACGAGGGUAGCCUCCUACGAUGCCAACCCGGAAGCUUGCUACAACCUCAUCCGAACGGGCAAGAUCCUCGACAUGGUCGACCGGCAGUUUGGUACAUCGGAGCGUGACGUGAUUCAGACUCUGCUCCAGCUCGGACAUGCCCGGAUCGGUGAUCUGAAGCAGGCGUUCGAUUCGAGAAACGCAUUGGUGAGCAGCCGAUCGAACGGAACGAACGGUCACACGAAUGGCAUGGUCUCUUCCGACAACGAACUCUACGUCACUCUGGGCCGACUUAUUCAAGCUGAUCUUGUCGAGACCGUGCGCGCCGACUCUUUCCGCAAUCCGAUCGAUGUAUAUCACGAGAUCAAGACCGAGGCUACCAAGAUCGCGCCGGGCGAGAAAGCCACAGGCACCAAACAUGAACAGCAACAACAAAUUAUCAAUCGAUGGCGCACGUAUCGCGAACAAAGCAAGGGCGUCAAAAGGCAGUUGGAUCAAUCACGAGGCAGGAUAUCCAAGAAACGGAAGCUUCAGAAUGGCCAUGCUGCCAGUACAGACUACGAUGAUGAGGACAACCUACACCAUGUCCCCCAGUUGGCUCCGAACAUGAUCGUCCGGGUCAACCACGAGAAAUGCCUGGUCGAGCUGCGAAACCACUCUCUGGCGAAUUUUGCAGCCGAUGCCUUGGGCGAAGUGACCGGGGAAGUCUACCGAGUUCUUCUGGGCCUCCUCACUCUGGAAGUGUCACAGUGCCGGCCAGAUACCAUGGUUGAAGACGAGACCCCUCCGCCGCCACCUGCUGCCACCACCACUCUCGACAUACUGGACCACCUCGACGACUCCAUUGAUGUGUCUUAUGGGCUAGGCAAGGUCAAGAAGGAGAAUAUCAACCAAUCAAGUGUGGAGAAGACAAAGGUCAACCCUCCACAAUCAGACGAUGAGUCCGAAGAGUCGGACAAUGAGCAAACAAGUCAUCGGCAAUCGCGAUCUGGCAUCAGCCUCGACGACGACGAUGAAGAUGAUGACGACGACGAAGACGAGUCGGACGACGAUCAUGGCGAUGGAACAUCACAUACCAAAUCAGCCUCAAAAACAAACGGUCAUCGCCAAACAAAGGUCAAAUUCAAGGAAGAGUCAGCCCCAGCCAGUCGCUUGGAUCAGUUGCGGCAGCACCUGCUCCUUCUGAAAGAGAGCAAGCACAAGUUCAUUCGGCACUGCGGAACGAAUGGGCGAGGCCAAUGGACCGUGGAUUUUGCGCAACUGAUGGAUCACGUUCGCGAGUCGGAGCUCGACGCUGUCAUUGAGCAGUCACACGGUCGCUACGGCUUGCGCCUGACGCGGAUCCUCCGAGAGAAGGGCAAACUGGACGAGAAGAUGCUGCACUCGGCGGCGCUCAUGAGAAAGCCCGACGUGCAAGGGAAGAUGCUAGCAUUGCAGAUGGCCGGGUUGGUGGAUAUACAAGAGGUGCCAAAGGACAGCAGCCGCUUGGCCAACCGGACCAUCUUUCUCUGGUUCUUUGACGGGGCGCGCACGCAGGCCCAGUUGCUGGACGACGUGUACAAGGCGAUGCUCAGGGCCUUGCAGACCCUGCAGGUGGAGCGCCACAAGGAGCGUAACAUUCUCUCGUUUGUGGAGCGCAAAGAUGUCCAGGGCAAGGAAGAGGAAGUCAUGGGGAAUGACUACCUCAAGAGAUACAACCGGCACCUUGAAAGGCAGGAGAUGCUACUGGGGCAGGUAAUGCGGUUGGACAACAUGAUUUCGGUGUUCAGGGAUUUCUAGGGUCCUCGGAUCCGGCUGUCCGCGCGAAUCUUGUGCUGCCUUGGCUUUUGUGUAAGAUAGCAUGCUAGGCGUCCGCUGCGGAUUGGAAAGGAUACCAAUUGCAAUGAUCUACGUUAGCGGUGUCGUGUGAUCUAUACCUUGUUUGGUGGAUUUGUCUAGUGUGGCCUCGACUGUCUAACUACAUCUCAGCUAUGUGGGCGGCAAAGCCAACUUGCCUUGACAUUGCAUACUGCCCAACUGGAUAAUUCUUUCUUGCUAGCAUUGCUUUGUAGCCACAGGAGGGUUGGAUCAUAAAGCAAUUGGCAGAGACGGGCAUGAUUCGGCUGUUGAGCAUGUGAUUACCUUGGGCCUAGGGUAGCUCAUUGCACCCUGGCUGCUCUUACGUGGGGGUCCCGGCCCGGCCUCAGGUGCUCACUCUUAUCGCCAGUGCUUCAGCCUUGGCCCUUCAGUGAGUGAGUGGACCC